AUGGUAACUGCAAAUGCCACCCCAGUACACAAUACAAUGCCAAGCAAGGUCAUAGUGCACCCUCUGGUGUUACUAUCAGUAGUGGAUCACUACCACCGCGUUGCUAUGGAUACCAAGAAGCGUGUGGUCGGGGUCUUAUUAGGGUCUAAACAGGGCAAUGAACUGGAUAUCUCCAACUCGUUUGCUAUUCCAUUCGAAGAAGAUGAGAAGCAACCAUCAGUGUGGUAUCUCGAUCACAACUACUUAGAGAACAUGGCUGGAAUGUUCCGAAAGGUUAACGCUAAAGAGAAGGUUAUUGGUUGGUAUCACACAGGACCUCGUAUCAGACAGAACGACAUCGACAUACACAACAUCAUCCGCCGCUUCUGUCCGAACCCUUGUCUAGUUAUUAUUGAUGCCCAACCCAGGCAAUUGGGAUUACCCUCAGACGCGUACUUUGUGGUGCAAGACCUUCACGAAGAUGGUACCCCCACUUCAAUGACCUUUGAGCACGUUGCCUCGGCCAUUGGUGCGGAAGAAGCCGAAGAAAUUG